AUGAUAUUGGUCGCCUAUGGGAGGCAAGUUGACUGUGCUUAUGUAUUUGGAGAAGAUGUUGGUUUUGGUGGAGUUUUUCGUUGCACAACGGGAUUAUCCGAUCGAUUUGGCAAACAGCGAGUUUUCAAUACUCCUCUUUGCGAGCAGGGCAUUGUUGGAUUUGCAAUUGGUCUGGCAGCAAUGGGGAAUCGAGCGAUAGCUGAAAUUCAGUUUGCAGAUUAUAUUUUUCCUGCUUUUGAUCAGAUUGUCAAUGAGGCUGCCAAGUUCAGAUACCGGAGUGGUAAUCAAUUUAACUGUGGAGGUUUGACAAUUAGAGCACCUUAUGGAGCUGUGGGUCAUGGAGGACAUUACCAUUCACAAUCUCCUGAAGCUUUUUUCUGUCACGUCCCUGGUAUUAAGGUGGUUAUCCCACGAAGUCCCCAACAGGCGAAAGGGUUGUUAUUAUCUUCUAUCCGUGACCCGAAUCCAGUUGUGUUUUUUGAACCAAAGUGGCUUUACCGUCUGGCUGUGGAAGAGGUUCCGGAGAAUGACUACAUGUUGCCUUUAUCAGAGGCUGAGGUGAUACGAGAAGGUAGUGAUAUAACUCUUGUUGGCUGGGGCGCUCAGCUAUCAGUAAUGGAACAGGCAUGUGUUGAAGCUGAAAAGGACGGGAUAUCUUGUGAACUGAUUGACCUAAAAACUCUAAUACCAUGGGACAAGGAAAAAAUAGAGUCCUCUGUUAAUAAAACAGGACGGCUUCUGGUUAGUCAUGAAGCUCCAAUAACAGGUGGAUUUGGUGCUGAAAUCUCUGCCUCUAUUACAGAACGUUGCUUUCUGAGGCUAGAAGCUCCAGUAGCCAGAGUAUGUGGCCUCGAUACUCCUUUUCCUCUUGUUUUUGAACCAUUCUAUCUGCCAACCAAGAAUAAGAUACUGGACGCAAUCAAAUCUACAGUAAAUUAUUACUCUAGCUAUGACAAGAGCAGUCCAGUUCAUCAGCACACGCUACUGGAAAAAAAUCAUUUAUGGAUCUAUGCAUUUAAUGCGUUAGACCGUCGUGUUGCUUAA